UUACAACUUCAGUACAUCUCAGGUGUCAGUUGCGGAAGGACGUGAUUUUCGUUUUUGCCAUUGCCAUCGUCGUUGCCGCCGCCGUCGUCGUCGCCGCGAGUUAGUUAAUUGUGACAAUACGACAACGACUACCCUUCGCCUGCCUAAUUCCCACCCUGCGCGGGUGUGUACUUUCGAACCCUCCCGCUUCCACACCCCAAGCAACCUCCACACAGUGAAUCGGGUCCCAAGGUGUGAGUGUGUUUAGUGGAGCUCUCUGUUUAGUGAACAUUUUAAAUGACUACCUUCGGCAGGAACACGCCAAGUUGCAGUGCACGGGGCAACACUAGGUUUAGUUGCAGUUAUGCCCAAGCUAGUGACAGCCAGCGAUAUUUAAUGCGGUAAUGUGAGACUAGUUGAGUGGGAAGAAUAUUUUUACGUGAGACUCAGUGUGAUCGCGCACCGCAUCGUAUCAAACGUCGAGCUUAUUAGUGAUAGAUUUUCUUGUGUUGACAGCGAUAAGGCCUUUCCAAAUAUUUGUUUUGAUAUCGGAACGAAACUCGUUGACGCAACAUACAAUCUUGCUAAAAUUUUGUGAUAUUCGAGUGCUAAAUGUUGACCCAUAUCGCGGGUGGUGACGCUGUUAUACUGAGCCUGUUAUUAUUGGUAGUGCUUCGUGUGGAACAAUUCGUGCCGUGUCCGUGCCAUGGAUAAUCCCAGCUAUGGAUCGUCCCAUAUGUCAUCGCCUGCGCUAGUUGUGUUCUCCCAGGCUGCGAAUGGAUUAAGCGACGCAUUGCGAAUACAGAGACCGUUUCACUCGCAACUCCCAGACGCCAAAGAUCUGCACCAUAUCUCCCUGAUGAGUGGCUACGGAGCCCAUCUGCUGCACGGCUUCCAGCCUCAUUUCCUACACCCGCUCAACCCGGCCGUAUCGACGGCGAGCGGCACUAGUCCCUUCAGCGGGGGAGGAGCCUUCGUAAAACCGUUCCCAUCGAACCUGCCCCUGUCGUCUGCUUUCGCGCCUCCCAAAUGCCUCGGAUUCGGAAUCGAUCAAAAUAUCUUCUCAAAGGGUCUCCUGUUCGGUGGCAGCUCAGGUUCGGAAUCCUUCCGGACGUCGGAUUCAUCGAGUCCGGCAUGCACCUCACUAUCCCCUCCAGCCAAAGAUGAAUCGAUGGAGGGGCACACCAGCGAGGAAGGCGACCGAGAGCGGGAUCGAAUCUGCAGUCCCGAGCGGAGUCCGGAAACACCUGGCUUCAGACGAAUCGGUCCACCAAAGAAGAGCUUCGUCGGUACCCCACCACCCAACUCGUGUCCCAUCUGUGGCAUCCAGCUUGCACCAAGUGACCUAGAGACCCAUUUCUCGGCCGAACUCGGUCGACUCACCAAGAUGAGCUCCGCUGCCGAAAGGCUCGAGCUGCGACGAACGCUGAGUGUCGAUAUGCACGCGAUGCAAAAUACCCUCCAGGGGCGCACCAGUCGGUGGGAGACGUUCAAAAAUAUCCGCAACAAACGCCAGGAUCGCCUCCGGGGUAAGUUACGGAAGCGGAAGUUCGAUGGUGAGGAUGGUUUCGGGCUGGCUCUGGGGAAUAUGAACUGCCAGUCCUGCCCGGUUUGCCACGGAAGGCUACAGCGGACGCAAGAGGAAAUUGCUCAACACAUCGAGGACUGCGUGAGGAAGCAGCAGCAGCAGCAUCACCACCACCAGCAACAACAGCAGAGCAGUCAGUCCUCUGCCCAGGACGAGGACGAAACGGUGGAUGUUGAGAGCUAUGGCGAAGAAACAUCGAACGGAGCAAUCAACAUGACCUCCAAUGUUAUUCACCAUACGAAUAGUAAUAAUCUGCACAGUAAUAAUAACAACAACAACAACAUCCCAUUGAAGCCCGACCCUCCGAUGACGAAAAUUCCUCCUCUGGAGGAAAAUGCCAUCACGUCGCUUAGUUCAAUUGUACCUCAUUGGGAUAGAAAAGCGAGAUUAAACCUGCCGCUUAAUUAUCUUAUUCGAAUGUCACACAUUAUAGGUACAGCCACAUCCGAUAACUCAAUUACCCGCGUAACUCCCACCAGCAGCGACCAGCGAAUCGAUGUUGACUACGAACAGGAUCACGACCACAGCCAGGAUAUGAUCACCGACAACGACGAAGAAGUGAUCGUGGACAACACGGACGACGAGGAGUGCGUGAAGAGACCACGGCCCACGCUAGUCACGCUGGGAAGCCACCAUGGCGGAGGUCCCAAUAUCCACACGAUUCCACGCGAUGAAAAAAACAGUACCGAGGAGGCUACUUCAUCUGUUGAAAUCGACUCCGCAACGGACCCUAUACCAAUCCGAACGGCGGGAACCACACCCAAUUCCGACUCCUACGUGAGUACAUCGGAGUCGGCCGAACCAACGUCCAAAGCUCAAGUUCUUGAGGAACUGAAGGCCCGAAUACGAGAACUGGAAGGAUCGCCGCACUAUAAAUGUUUCAUAUGUAAGGAAAAAUGUAAAACACUGAUAAUCUCGAAAAUUUGCGGCCACUAUCUGUGUGAGGAAUGUUGGAUCACCGAAACGGAAUCCUCCAAGUCCUGCCCGCGCUGUAAGAUUGUCACCACGAACUCUGACUUUAGGAAAAUUCACGCUUGAACAAACACCUAUUUAUUUUGCUACCUGUUUCUUAUUCUUAUUUAUUUUUGCUACCGUAGAACUUAUAUUGAAUAAAAACAAUACAUGAUAGUAAAUCAAUCGUCUUACGAUAAGACCAUGAGUCUUCUCCGAACAUCUGCAGGUAAAAACACAAAGAAAAAAAUUCAUUUAAAGCUAACCAAAAAACUAAACGAAAACAAAUGCGUAAAAUUCAUGUGCAAUAUAAUUUUCAACUCGAUGAAAAUGUUCGAUGUUCGGAGAGUGCAUCCCUCGUCCAGGAAUCCAGAACUGUAUGAUUGAAAUUUUGAGAGUGAGUCCAGUGAUAAAAGCGAGAAAAUUAAACAAUAAUGAAAAUCCAAUUGGCGAUAACUGAAAUAUCAAUCACUUUCUGAAAGUAAUCUAACAAAACUAGUAACGGCUUUACUGUUAUCCCGAUAUGACUAGAUAAUCGUAUUGCAAAUAGCCAAUCUGGAAAAAUUAAAUCAAAUGAACAAUGAUAUUCACGCAACAUCGCACGGAAACCAUAUGCUGUGCGACGCAGCUGCAAGCCGUCGUUCAAAUUUGUUAUGUUAAUGUCUAUGAAAAGUUAUUGAAAAGUAAGCUCUUUCCAUUCUCAAUAUUUUCACAGAGAAAUUUCUAUCCCUCAAAGGCAGGAAAUGAUAACGACUCAGUGAAAAACAACUGUAUCUUUUGUGUAA